GCGACCCAAUCAUUCACCAGUGUUGGUGUGCAUGCAUUUUAGUCAUAUUGCAAACCUUGUUUAAAGCUAUUUACGAUCGAGUGUCUGAUUCACUAGUCUGAUAUUCAAAUACUCGUUAAACCACCACAAUCGAAAAUUAUCAAUCCAUCAUCGAAUUAUCAUGUAUCGAGCAUCAAGACUGAUACCAAUCAAACACUAUACAAUUCUGUCCUUCUCUCGCAAACUAUGCACUGCUACUCGACCUGUUUUUCAUCAGAAUCCUCUGGGAAUUCCUAGUCAUCAUCAUGCAAAACAACAGGUGCAAGAAAGUCAAGCCAAAAGCAAGUUUAAUGAUCCAAACGAACCCACACUGCCUAGAUCUGCUCGUGGUUUACCUGUUCGUAAACCCAUUGCAGGUGUAUCGCAUGUCAUUGCUGUUGCAUCGGGAAAAGGUGGUGUUGGGAAAUCUACAACGUCAGUCAAUCUGGCAGUGGCUCUUGCAGCACUUGGACAACGAGUCGGUUUAUUGGAUGCAGAUCUAUUCGGUCCUUCAAUUCCAAAAAUGAUGAAUCUUCAAGGACAACCUUCUAUCAACCAAUCUAAUGGAAUGCUGAUUCCACUUACUAAUUACGGCGUAAAAUGCAUGAGUAUGGGGUUUUUGGUAGAUCAAGACGCUCCUGUUGUUUGGCGAGGUUUAAUGGUCAUGAAAGCUUUGGAACAAUUACUGCGUCAAAUCGAUUGGUCUAAUUUAGAUAUCCUUGUUAUCGAUAUGCCUCCUGGAACUGGAGAUACUCAAUUAACAAUCACUCAACAAGUUCCACUAUCAGGCGCAAUUAUUGUAUCCACUCCGCAAGAUGUUGCUCUUUUGGAUGCUAAAAAAGGAGCAAAUAUGUUCAAGAUUGUAAAUACUCCUAUUCUUGGCAUGGUCCAAAACAUGAGUUUUUUUUGUUGUCCAAAGUGUAAUCACCAAGAGUACAUUUUUGGAAAGGAUGGUGUGGUUGAAACGGCUCGAGCUAUGGAAUUGGAUAUUUUGGCUGAUAUGCCACUUCAUUCUGACAUUGUGACAACUUCUGACAGUGGAAAGCCUAUUACGAUUUCACAGCCCAGUAGCGUACAUGCUCAGAAAUACAGAGACAUGGCACGUACUGUCAUGAGCAAGCUUGGUAUAUCUACACCAUCACAAUAGCCGGAUUGGCAUAAUUGAAACAAUUUUCUAGCAAGCUU